AUGUUCCACGCUUCGGUCAGAAUGCCUGUAGCGCACGACCGGGCAGCACGUCUCUGAAUACCCGUCCGUGUUUUUGUUAUUAUUCUUCGGAAAGAAAAAAAAAAAAACAGAAGUUUAAUUUCAAUUCGACUUGAACUCUCGUCGUCGCAGUUCCAGUGCAAUUUGGUGGACAUUUUGUUGUUGUUGUUUGUCUUGCGCUUUAAUUGUCUGAUUUUUGGAAAAGCGCAUUUUUUAAAACUUCCACCUUCAAAAUCAAAGAGAAGAAAAACUGUUGAAAUAAAGCAAACUGAUUUGUUUAUUUCUUUCUGCAGUGCGUGCGUGAUUGUGCAAGUGUGGUGUGUGUCUUCUGCUGGCCAGCAAUCCGUUAGCCGCUUCAAUAAUAGCGAAGAAAAAGAAAGAAAGAAAGCAAGAAAAAAAAAUAAAGGGUUUCAACCGUAAUACAGUGCCAGAAAUUGGACGGCCAUUCAUUCAGUGCCAAGUUGUUGUUGGAAACAGCCGGACUUGUUAAGCGGACGACACCAGCGCCGGCUAGAAACUCUGAAAUCAUUUGACUAAGCGCACACAUUUCUAUACGUUUGCAACAGUUAAACACAAGUGAUCGUUUCGUGCAACGUCUUCGCGCAAUCAGCGAGCGCGUGUGUGUGUGUGUGUGAUCGUUGGCUGCGGCUCUUCCGAGCUCCGGUUCCGAACACCAGCCAUCCGCAAAACACGUUCCGGUCUAUCUUAUUAUUAUCAAAAAAAAAAAAAAAACCCAAUGCGGUGCUUGUGUCUUCUCGAGUGCCGGCCUCUGCAGCCACGUAUUUGAAUUGUAAAUCAAUUCGGAUGCAUAUAAUCAGUGCGGACGCUUUUUCUUCCUGUUCGCCGUCGACCCUUUCUCCUUCGUCUUCCGCAUCCGCUCCAGACGAAGAAUAAAAAAAAAGGCACACAUUUCUUCUUUUUUUAUAACGCUCCGUCCGUUUAUCGCCUGGCGCGUAAGAAAUUCGAGAUCUUAACAAGCGGAGAGGGACAAGGAGCUUCUCAACGCUCCUGAUCCGCCUUUGUUGAUGUCGACGACGUUGUUGUUGGACGCCGAUGCGAUCGUGCGCGCAUGAAAACGACAAGAAAAACAUCUCGCCAGCAUUCCACCGCAUCAACAAGACCGGCCCUUUUUGAAUUUCUUCAACAGGAAAAAAACAAAAAAAAAAACAAAAAAAGAAAUUUUGAAACUCGCGCGCUCUCCGCCUCGUUGUCGUAUCAAAAGCCCUGAAGGCAAGGCCAGGCCAAUAAACAAGAAAAUUCAAAAUCCAGGAAACCUUGCGGUGCCAGUCGAUCGUUGUUUGUUUUGUUUUUUUCAAAUUUCUUGUUUUCGAUAGCGAGAAAAGAAAUCAAAAACGGUGAAGAAAUGAACGCGAACGUCAGCUGUCUUGUUGACCUGGCAGAAGUGGACAGCGUCGACAGCCGUGGAUUACCAUUAUCGUGAACUCGCAACAGCGCGUGAAAACACAUAGAAAGAGAGAGAGAAAGAGAGAGAGAGAGAGAGAAGUGGGGGGGAAGGUGUGCGCAAACGAGUGAAUAACAACGCGCUGCGUGUGCGUGUACGCGCGCGUGUGUCUAUGAGUGCAAGUGCCGGCAAAGGACACACGUAUUUUAAGGACGCAACCAACACAAUAAGGAGCUGCUGACACUUGAACAAACUGACAGAGAAAAUAAAAAAGGAAAAGAAAAACAGUUUGGGGCAAGGAAAACAUAGCGUCACUGAUCGCAAAAUCCAAUCGAAAGAGAGAAACACAGACACUUUGCUUGUCACGGUCGUAGCUCGGUGACUAAACGGAUUAUCUUAACUGUGGUGCAUUGAUUUUUGGUCACGCGGUUCUUCGCUUGUGCCAGGAUCUAUACGUCACAUCUUCGCUGCACACCUGAUUCCACUCCACACACACACACAGAUAUUUGUUUUCCUAUAGCGCCAUGUUUGGGUCAAGUAGUGACUGGUCGUCGGGAGGCGGAGCCCAGCAGCAGCAACAGCAACAACAGCAGCUGUCAGUGGUGACGGGAGCGUCCAGUUGGGGCGCGAGUGGAUCGGCCGCUGGAUCAGCAUCGGCGGCCUCCUCUUUCGGACAGUCGGCCGACAAUUCGGCCAUCACAAACGGCUACCAUCAUCCACACCAUCAGCACCAGUCGUCCUCUGCCAAGAAUUCCUCGUCCUCGACAGCCGCAUCGUUUCGGACCAACAUGGCAGCCAGUUACCAAAGUGGCAUGGGUACACCGACGCCCGGAGUGACUCCACCGGAUGCAGUCACGUCAGUCGGAGUCGUCGGUCUCCAGCAGCAACAGCACAACGAGCGUAACGAUCUCAGUUAUAAUCAGAUGGGCGGCAUGGGCCAGCAAGGCUUUAAUGGUGUCAACCAAUACGGCAUGAUGCAACAGCAGACGAGAGUGUCCAACGGCCAAGGUAAUUUCGGUCCUGUGAUGAACAGCGGCAUGAUGGGACCCGUCAUGAACAACAUGGCAACAACUGGAAACAAUUCAGGAGCCGGUGGUAACAUGAUGAUGAACAACGGCCCUGUCGGCGGCUUCCAGCACAACGGAAUGACUAAAAUGUCCUCAAUGCAGCAGCAGGAUCCGUACGGGUCGGGACAGGCGGGCAUGAACAGCCCCAUGUAUCGUGGCCGGCACGCACCUUACCCUAACGCUGCGCAGCACAGUUCGCAAAAGCGACAUCAUCAGCAGCAGCAGCAACAACAGCAGCAACAACAGCAACAAAUGAAUAAUUACGGCCAGUCCAUGUACGGCCCCGCUCAGGGUGGUUACAUGGGCAUGCGUCCGGGUUUCGCUGCCGGACCUCAGCAACAACAGCAGCAGUCACAACAAUUCCAGUCGAUGCAAAACAUGCAAAGCGCCGGUGGAUACCAAAAUCCGAAUGGCGUUCAAAUGCAACGAGGAGGUGGUAUGAUGAAUGGCGGUGCCAAUCUGCGACCGAUGAACAACAUGAACGGCAUGAACAUGGGCUACAACACUGGAACAACUGGCAAUGGAGCCCAGUACGGCUAUGGCAACGGCAAUAUGGUCAAUCAACAACAACAACAACAGCAACAACAACAGCAACAACAGUUUUAUCCCUCGCAACAGUCGAUGAUGAUACAAAAUCCAUCACAACAACAACAACAAAUGCUACAACAGCAGCAACAGCAACCCGCACAACUGCAGUUCCAGCAGCAGCAACAGCAACCUCCGGUGGGUGCGGGAUUCCAGCACAGUCCCAUUCCGGGCAACCCGACGCCACCUCUGACGCCGGCCGCCAGCCUGCCACCUUUCGCCAGUCCCAACAGCGAUAUCAAACCCACAUUGGCGCUGGGGCAGCCUAAAGACGAUGAACUUCGAUUGACUUUCCCUGUCCGAGACGGUAUCUUGUUAUCACCUUUCCGACUCGAACACAACUUGGCUGUCAGCAACCACGUAUUCCAGCUGAAACCCACCGUCCAUCAGACCAUUAUGUGGAGAAACGACUUGGAACUGCAGCUCAAAUGUUUUCAUCACGAAGACAGAGCCAUGAAUACUAAUUGGCCGGCUAGCGUUCAGGUGUCGGUCAACGCCACCCCGCUAAACAUCGACCGAGGAGAAAACAAAGCGGCUCACAAGCCACUCUACCUAAAAGAUGUUUGCCAAGUUGGGCGUAACACGAUCCAGAUCACCGUAUCAGCUUGCUGUUGCUCGCAUUUAUUCGUCCUUCAAGUGGUCCACCGGCCGAGCGUCCGUUCCGUAUUGCAAGGUCUCUACCGCAAGCGAUUGCUCCCCGCUGACCUUUGCAUCACCAAAAUCAAACGCAAUUUCAACAGUGUGGCCGCUGCUGCUGCAGCCAACGGCACCGUCUCUUCCACCAGCCCGUCGGGCGUCAGUUGCGACGCCGAUGGAGUUGAACAAACAGCUAUCAAGGUCUCAUUAAAAUGUCCGAUCACCUUCAAGCGGAUAGCUUUGCCCGCUCGGGGCCACGAAUGCAAACAUAUUCAGUGUUUCGAUCUAGAAUCCUACCUGCAGAUGAAUUGUGACCGAGGUUCUUGGAAAUGCCCAGUGUGCAAUAAAACUGCGCUGCUGGAGGGACUCGAGAUCGACCAGUAUCUGUGGGGCAUUCUCAACACGCUCAGCUCGAACAGCAGCAGCGCAUCCGACGCUGAAGAGGUCACCAUCGACUCGGCUGCCAACUGGAGGCCCGUCAAUCACAAAUUGAUGGGCGCCAGCGUCAAGACGGAGGAAGAUGGCGGUCAGGAGACUUCGUGUCACGGCUCCAAGAGAGCCAAAGUGAUGUCACCGGGCAGCGUGACCUUACCCACCAUGCCCAACUGGGAUUUGGGCCAGUCCUUGUCCCCCUUCUGUCCACCUGAUAUGAAUAGUAUAGCAAGCGGUUCCAUGAUGAACGGCAUGACGACCAGCAGUGGCAGCAACAGCAGCGCCGGUCAAAUCAUGACGAGUAGUGCCAUGGGAUCUCCUUUCGACAAUAUCCUCAACGGCGGCGACUGGAACUCGGUCGGCGGCAAUGGCCUGACCAGCAGCACCAUGAACACCACGCCCAGCCAAGACCCGCUGAGCAAUUUAAUGGACUCGGUUAACUCUCUUGAUCCGCUCAAUUCCAUGGGCAAAUCUCUCAACGAACAGAUGAAUUCUUUGGUGAACAGCGCCUCGUUGAAUAAUGCGGGCAUUCUCCUUGGUCCGGGAUCCGGCAAUAUGCCGGUGACGGGCAAUAACAGCGGCAAUAGCAACACUAGCGCACCAAGCAGCAGUCAUCGAAGUCUUCACGCACCGCAAACGCCGGCCAAUAUGUUGAACAUGGGUCAUCAGCAACAGCAGCAGAAUCAACAACAGUCGCAGCAGCAGCAACAACAGCAAGCGAUACGAAACGACGCUUUGGCCCAGUUGGAUCUUUCAUCGGAUUUGAAUUUCGAUCCGGCAGCCGUCAUUGACGGUGGCGGUGAAGGCCAAGAAGGUCUAAACUUGCUGCCGGACAGUGUAGUCGAUCCGAUGGAUUUACUCUCCUACCUGGAUCCACCUGAACUAGCGACGCCGCCGUCAAGUGGCGGCAGUAGCGUCGGUGGUGGUGGUAACAGCCUCAGCGGUCAACUCAGCACCGGAAGCUUAUGUGUCAACAGCACUAACGAUGACCUGCUGGCCUUGUUUGACUAGAUGAACGUCCUUAUUCUAGCCUAUAAACAGCAGACACUUGCAAUCUGCAUUUUCUUGCCCAGCACCGGCCCUGCUUUGACACAAUCGAGCGUGGACGAAUUGAAUUUGAAAGGGGGAGAAACAAAAGAAAAAGAAAAACCCAGUGAUGAAUUUUUUGGAGACAUUUUUGUAUCGUCCAGUUUCAACGAGUGUUACGUAGCAGGAAGUGUGGACGAGCGGCCGAUAAUGAUGGCUCACUAAGUGUCAUCAAAUUUCAAUCAUUUUUUGUACAAAACAAAACAAAGAAGGGAAGCAAGAAAACUGAAACAAUGAACACACACACGUAUAGGAGAAAAAAAAAACAAUGAAGCCAAAGAAGUUGUUUCCUCGUCUCCCCGCCCACAUUUACCCGCCUUUCAGUUUGAGUUGAUCGAAAUGAGCGUAAACAAAAGUAAACACAUAAAAAAUAAAAAAAACUAAAGAAGAUGGAAAAACAAAAAAAGCGUGGAUGGUGAACGGAGCGUACAAACUCUUUUUGUCUGAAAUAUCAAGAAUAUUUGCGUCGAAUUCACAUACGAAGCUUAUCAUCAACUUAAUCAUCUCUGUUCAGGUGUUUAUUCUUGCUUAGUUUUUUUUUUUGUUUUUUUGUUUGUUAGGAAAUGUGUUUUCUUUUUCUUUUUUUUUAUGUUUUACAAUUGUUUGGAACAAGUGUUUUCUUUGCCCGUGUAUAAUGUAGAAAAGAGUCUAUAGAAUCUGUCCUCUCCGAUCCCCCCAAAUGAUAUGCUUCAAGCAAAAGAGGAAGACAUUAAAAAAAAAAAAAAAAAAAGAAAAGAAAAAUUAUAGAUGAAGACACAAAAUGUUGUACAGAAAUGUUUAUCUCUCCCUCUUGCCCCGCCCUACUCUCUGGCUCCUAAAGAAAGCAGAUGAGAUACAAAAAAAAAAAAAAAAAAGAAGGGGGGGAGACGCCGAUGCAAAUUAGGGAUAAAAAUUUGAUUGCUUUCGAUGCGUCUCCUCAUACGUAUUCCUGAUUUCAUCUAUGCGGUAUUGACAUAUUGUGUUAUUAUUUUUUUUUUUUUGCCUGUCUCUCUCUGUCUCAUUUCCUCUUUGUCAUUUUUAUUGAAUCAUAUAAUGCGACUUGUACCGCUAUGUAUGCGAAAGCGAAAAGAAAAUAAUAUUCCAGCAAAAACAAAACAAAACAAACAAAAAGAAAGAAAUAAGUUUGCAAAACAUAAAAAAAACAAAAAAAAACAAAAAAAAAGAUUGUGAGUACCAAGAUAUAAAAAGUGCUAAUAAUUUCUCGAUUAUAUUAUUUUUUUAUUUGUCAGGAGCCGUUUGUUUAAGUCUAUUUUUGGUCGUUGAUUUCCCUACAUAAUUGGCUUUGAAUGUGCCGUUACCGUAGAGAUAGGGAAAUGUUCGUCUUUUUUUUGUUGUUGUUGUUGCAGUCAAUCAUACCAUCCUUUGAGUGAAUUAUUGGAUGAAGAAAAGGGAUAAAAUAAGCGCGCAAUCGCAGCCGAACAAAUAAAAUGAAAAUCAUUGUAAAUAAAAAACGAAUAAGCUAAUUUUGCUUUCAGUGGUCUGAAAUUAUUGAUGAUAAGCUUCUUUCUGAUCUGUUCAUUAAAUGACUGUCAUAUUCUCGCGAUUGAUAUAGGCCAGACAAUUUUUCCAAGAAAAAAUUUUCUUUCUCUCAUCUUUACUUUUUGUGUAAAAAAAAGAAAUAAUAAUAAUAAAAAAGAAAAAGAAAUGUUUUUACAGUAAGAGACAGAUCGAUGGAAACAGAUUGCCCAGUCUAAGGGGUGUAAGGGAAACUCACGAUGAGAAUCCCACUAUUUUCACGAAAUACAGGUCUGUUGACGCAUAUUGUCUCGCUCCGUAAUAUGCCACUCCCUCGUUUCUCUGGCGGUAGAAAUCGAUCCAUUUUUCAUUUUCGUAUCGUCUCCCUGAACACAAUUGUUUGUACUAUAUAUACUGAAUAUCAAACAGAAGCAGUAAACAGGCAAAAUAAAAAAAAAGAAAGAAAAAAAAAAAGAAAAAAUAUCGCGAAUUGAAAGCAAAGAUUUUGCGCGCUGAUGGUUUUUGUAAGAAAAACGGCAAAUUUACAUAUGAUAAUAUUCCUCCUUCUUUGAUCGUUUUAUUCCCUUUGUCAUCGUAUGUUACAUAUAAUAUAUAUAUAUAUAUAUAUAUAUAUAUAAUCCAAUAUUCUAUGCAGUGUCUUUUUACGUUCCUCGAUCAUUUUCACUUUCGCCCGUUUCCGCGCUGUCUCUUUUCUUUUCUCUCUCUCUUUUCUCACUGUCUCUCUUUGUUCUCGUUUGAAUUUUUCAUUUUGUACAGAAGGUUGGAAAGAAGCAUUGCAUACGCCAAAUAUAUAACACACAGCACUGGA